AAUUUAAGUACAUGCAAAAUCAAUUGUUUAUUUAAAAUAAAUUAAGUAAAGUAACGAAGUACACAAAAACAGAAUUACGAUGUGCAGCUGAUGGGAAAAAACCUACCACUCUUAAAUUAGUGCGUGGGAAAAAUCGAUCCACAAACUAUUUGCAAAGAAUAUGAAAAAUGUUGGCUUAACCGAUAGACUAUGACAAAAACAAGUUCACUGUGAUACAUUUUUGCAGUACAAAUUAGUUAACAACAAAACACUUAGUAUAGUUUAAAAGAACCAACUUUCAACUAUACACCUAUUUUUCGAGUGCAAUAAUACAAUUUUCGCCAAGAUUCUCAAGUAACUAACUCAUCUCGAAACAUUCCUGCGCAACAUAAAACAACAAAAUGGCUCUAAAAACGUACUAGGCCAGCCCUCACAAUGUCUGUCCCUGUACGCUACUCUGCUGCCGCCGAAUACGCCGUCGUUGAUAGUGGUUUGGAUAAUACUCUAACCCAAGAAGAGCAAUACCACCAACAACAACAGCAACUGCACCUGCACCAGCAACAGCUCGAGCACCAGCAACUGCAAUACGCGCAAUACCAACAGCAGCAACAGCAGGAGGAAGAGGAGGCUCUAUUGUAUUGCCAAUUGCAGCAACAGCUGGAGGCAGAGCAGCAGGCGCUGGCGUUGCGGCAGCAGCAGGAGCAGUUGAUGCAGCAGCGGUCAUCGAUGUUGAUGUCCUCAACGGUUAUGCCAUCACUUGAUUUGCCCCACAACAACAACCACAACAUCACCAACAAUAAUAGCAACCACAACAUCAACAACGCCAACAACAACAACAUGGAUGCAAUMAGCAUCAAUGCUAUCCUGGUCGAUGAUGAACAACCAUCCACAUCGGCUCAGGCAGCGGCGGCUAUUUUGAGGGGCGAAUCAAUCAAUGGUGGUGGCAUAAACUUGGUGGAUCAUAAUGCAGAGAUGCCAACUGAUUGGAUGAGGAUUGCGGAAGAGGGCCGGUAUGGGACACCGGGUGCUGCUGGCUUGGAAUAUCARAAGUACGAACAACAACAACAACAGCAAACACUGGAAACAGAAGCAGCAGCUGGACAAGGAGCUGGAGCUGGAGCAGGAGCAGCAGAGCCAACAGCGCUCAAAAAACUAGAGGAUCAAUUACAUGCGCUCAGCUCAGAUGAGCUGUACGAGACGCUGAAGGAGUACGAUGUACUGCAGGAUAAAUACCAUACAGUACUGUUGCUUCCCAAGGAGUCGAGGCGUGAGGUGACUGCCGGCGGACGUGAUGGAUCGGCGUAUGUGCUGCGUUGCUUGAAGAUGUGGUACGAGCUGCCAUCGGAUGUGCUGUUCUCGGCGAUGAGCCUGGUGGAUCGUUUUCUCGAUCGCAUGGCUGUCAAGCCGAAGCAUAUGGCCUGCAUGAGCGUUGCCUCCUUCCAUUUGGCCAUUAAGCAGCUAGACUUGAAGCCCAUACCUGCCGACGAUUUGGUUACAAUAUCUCAGUGUGGUUGUACCGCUGGCGAUCUGGAACGCAUGGCCGGGGUCAUUGCCAACAAACUGGGCGUACAGAUGGGGCAUGCCCCGAUCACAUCCGUUAGCUACCUGCGCAUCUAUUACGCACUCUUCCGCAAUUUGGCUAAGCAAAUUGGUGGGGAUUUCUUUAAAUUCUAUCAGCAACUCAUUAAAUUGGAGGAACUGGAGAAUCGCUUGGAGAUCUUACUGUGCGAUGUCAAGACGACCGUGAUAACGCCAGCGACAUUGGCUCUAGUGCUCAUCUGCCUGCAUCUGGAUUUCCACAUUAAGGAGUCGUACACACGCGGCAGUCCCGAACUGAAGCAUGUCUUUGAGUACAUACUCUAUCUGCAGGAGUACAUGAGGAUACCCGAUCGCGUUUUUACCUGCGGCUUUAGCAUUGUCUCGGGCAUUCUGUCUCAUUACAAUGGACAGAAUAAGGCGCCCUACAAGCAGCGGCUUGUCUGGAAAUUAUCCAGUCGCACGCUGCGCGUCCUGCGCCCGAUCAAUCGUUUCUCAUCCGAUUUGCCCACCAUUGAGGAGGGCAUAUCGAAUGCUCUAGACGAUGGCCUGCGUUCAAGAACCGAGAGUAUUAGCUCCGAGGAGGAGGAGGACUGGCCAACUUCACCCAUUAUUCCAAUUUUCGAACAAUGUUAGUAGCACCUACUUACCCCCAGCAGCAGCAGCRAAUUUGAGCAGCAACGAAGCAAACAACAAACAGCACCCAAAAGUCAACGAACAACGGACAAGUUUUGGGUAGCCGGAUGGAAGCAGCAGCAGGCAGGCAGGCAGGAAUCAUCCAUGCAACACAGYAGCAGCAGCAACAGGUGCCACACAUUUGUGGCAGCAGUGGAAAAGACAUAUCUACAGCUACAACAACAACAACUGAGUAACUGCUCCACAAGUUUGUGAGCCUCUAUUGUGUGUGCUUGUGUGUUAGCAAUGGGUGUGCGUGUGUAUAUAAUGCUAAAAGAGAAACAAUGAUGCAUCAUAAUUUGUUUAGCAUACGCACGUAUAUAUAUAUAUAUAUAUACAACAUCUAUAUAUAUAUGUAUGUGCGUAUAUAUAUAUAUAAUUUACGCUGGUUCUACCAUUUAAGAAACUAUUGAAAAAUGCGAGAGGUCAGCCAAAAGCCAGGCACAGGACACGGCACGAAUAUAUAAUUUUUCGAUUUAAUUUUGCGGCAAGACAGAAAAAAGUAACAAAAAAAAAAACAAAAGCAAAAAAAAUCCAAAAAAAUAUACAUAAAUAUAGAAAUGAUGCGGACCAUCAUACAAAAGAUUGAUGUUGUUCCGGACCAAUUGAGAUCGAUGAAGGAAAACGAUUUAAAUGAUAACUGAUUAUGAAACAUGCUUACGGAAUGGAACAUUAAUUUUUUGUGAAAAAAAAAAAAAACAAAAAACAAAAAAAUAACGAAGAAAAAAAGUAUCUAUCAACCCAAUUUCAAAUAAGUUUAACGUAACUUUUUGUUAUCCAUGUUUGUUUUGUAAAACACUUAAAAAAAAACCACUGGACCCUUAAAAAAAGAAAACGAGAAAAAAAUCAACAAAAAAUCUAAAAAAGUACAAAAAAUCAUUAAAUAUAGACGACUAUUAAAAUAUAAGUUAAAUGUUCAAACUUUACCCCUAAAAUCAAACAUAAAAUUUGGUCGCGCUGAAGAUUCAAGCAAAACUAUGACUAAGCAAAACGUAAUACAGAUAUAUAAAAUAACCCCAAUAUGUAGUUCAGUGUGUAGUCGAUCAUUUUUCUGCUCUAUAAAUAUAUAUAUAUAUA